AUGGACGUCGCAAUACAAUCCGAGCACCCUCCAUGGUUCUUGGCAAAUGAUUCUUGGGAUGCUCAUUCGCGGGUUCCUUUGACAGACAGCGAAUGUUCCGAUUGGGACGACAUCACCUGGUUUGGCUGUCUGUGCUGUCGAGAGCUUUCCAGUUCAGACAUCGUUGCAUCGCAGCAGGGAGAAGACCUCUUCGCGGCCGACUUGCGCAAUGAAUCCUACAUGAAUGCUGCGGGACGCACCACCAUGCACCCGUUCCGCGACAUGCGAGCUGCGUCCUACGCACGCAAGCGCUCUCACAGGUUCCCCGAUUCUAGGCCCCGGACACGAAGCAUUGGAGGCAGGAAGAAGGAACACGCGGACCGGCGAAGAAACAACAACAGAAGGAAGCGAGAUAUCCUGAGAUAUGAGAUUCACGACAAUCAACAACGGAAAGAGGUGUGGUCCCCAGGGAAAUCGAAGAAUAUGGAAUUGGUCGUGUGGGAAACGAAUGCGGAAGAAGAGUUCGACGAGCACGUUGAAGGCAUGAUGGACGAUGUGAUCCGCUAUGAGAAGCUCCACAAGAAUGCCGAAGUGUUCGAGAACCCUGAGCAUUAUGUAGAGACCGGUGAGACAUUUUCGGCUUGGGCUCAGCGGCGCAUCACAGAGAUGCGCGCCGUCAAAGAGAGCAGACUGCGAAGAAUGUUAACACCUCGCCAACGACCUAUGACGUACGCGACGUACCAUCUCCAAGCAACGCGAGUGGGCGUAGUUGGAUUCGACUAUAGCAUAUUCUCCGCUACGACGCGUACGGCCAUGCUCUUUUACGUGCAACCCUUAGUCAACCCAAAUGGGCUCGACAACAAGCGCGGUUUAAUCCGAGGAUAUCGCUUUUCCCCAGGAUUUAUGGAUAUGGGUGGUUCGGCGAGUAUACAUGGCGCUGGCACAGAAAUGCAUCUGGCUGUUGGCAGAUUGGAUACGGUGCGUGCAACGGAUGCGCAAUUCCCUGCCCUUGCUGUAACAGCAGGAACGGGAGACUUCGGGGACGAGAUCGCGCCAGAUGAGCAGCAAACGUGUAGUCUGGUCGAGUGGGUUAGCGCCGAGGGCAGAAAGUUGAUUUUCGACGAGGCACUGGCAAAAGUCAAUGGGCAUGAAAAUUGUGGUAGUAACGACGGCGAGGAUAGCGAAGGCGAGUGGAGCUUCGUGGACGAAUAUUGUGGUGUAAAAUCCUGCUCUUCGAUAGCAUCUUCAAAUGAUAUCGAGCGAUCGUCACGUUCUUGA